AUGAUCUCCAGCGCGCGGCUGAACUUCAGAGUCCUUCGAGUUCCGUAUGCAUUAUGGAGCUGCCGGCCACAUUUCUUCAAGGCUGCGAGCACCAAGGUAGACAAGGAGAAGAUGCAGCGUCGCUUCGAACGCCUAGUGAGCCUUCUGAGACGGGUCGAGCGGCCGCACUUGGAGUCUUUCGAAUGCUUUGGGACAAUGCACACACUGCCUUUGCGUGCAAAAGAUGCCAAGAUAGAAGAGUGCAGCGACGAGACCCUGGCUUACUUCAGCGGCUUUUUCGAUGGUGAUGGCUGUGUGACCAUGGCUUCAAAAUCUGGCCGAAUCAGGCUUACGGUCGGCCAAUCGGUUCGAGGAGCUGACAUAUUGGUCCGGCUUCGUUCAGCUUUUGGCGGAGGUAUAUGCAGACACUCAGAUGGUUGCGGCUUGCAAAGGCCCAGGCUGCAGUGGUGGGUUGCGGGCAAGGCUUCGAAACGUGCCGCAGCAUUGCUAGCUAAGAAUUCCUACAUGAAGCAAGCACAACUCCAAAUAGCAUCACAUGGGGAUGUCGUCACUGAGGAGCGCAUUCAAGUUGCACAGCAAAUGGAGGACCUCAAGGCAAGGAAUCAUGUGCCAGAGAAUUUCGCACAUAUGUCAUGGCCAUACUUCGCUGGUUUUUUUUGA